AUGCGAGGUGCAUUUUACGUGGCCACUGCUAUCCUCAUCGCGAGUAGCAUUCGCACAGCUGCUGAAUCUGUCCAGAUCAAGUCUGAUAUAACGCAAUACCAUGACAAGUUGCCAGUCAGUGAUUCUGACACAAAGACGUUGCCCAGAAGAUCUCUUAGAGGGAGCGGAGAUCAACUGGAAUCUCCAGUGGCUGGAGAAGAGCGCGUCACUUCACCUGGAGUACUCAAGGGUGCAGGGAACGAUGUGUCUGAGGCAAUCUUGUGGUUAAAUAAAUUCAAGAUGAAAAGUGUUAGUGGCUUGAACAAUAUGAUUUCCUUCGGAGAACAUGUUGGCUCUUCCGGCACCAAGAAUUAUGAAGACGCCGUUGCAAAAUCUCAGCAAGUCAUGGUCAAUUUUGAAGACACAAUCGGAAAUUCGAAAGCUUUAGAACUCAGAAGUGCUGAAGCUACUGAGCAGGAGAAAAACAACCUGAUACGCUACGAGCACCAUCUCGCGAAAGCUGAGGCAUGGAACCAAAUAGCCCACUAUUUCCACUAUUUCUCCGUCAAUGCCGCUAACUUCGCCAUAGAUGCCAAAUCCACACUAGACCAACUUUAA